AGACGUUCACGACGAUAAUAUUGUUUUUUUUCCCUAACGCGUUCUGACUCUCGCGUUUUAUGACUCUUCCUGCUUUCCGUAGCGAGCUUGGAGGGGGCGGGACUGCCAUGGCGGCCAAGAUUUUGAAGUAUGCAGCGCUUCCUGCUGCUGUAGUGGGUUUGGGCUCCUUUCGAAUUUAUUCGAUGAGUGAGAAACCAACCAAUCUAGUCUCUCUGAAAGAGUUGUCUAUCUACUCUCCAGAUCAUUCUGGUGUACAGUUUGUAGAGGAGCCUGGUCUGGUCCAGUCUGGUCUGGAGUCAGUGAGGGUGGGAUUGCAGCCAUAUGUCAGAGCAGUUCAGAGUGGCUUUACUUCUGUCAAGGUAGGAAUCACAUCUACUUACCAGGCAGGGGAAGACACAUAUCACUUCCUUCGAGAUCCACCACCUGGCUUUCUCCCUAGAGUGGGUGUCAUAGCUGUGUCUGGAUUGGGCGGCCUAAUUUUGGCACGCAAGGGUUCUCGUUUUAAGAAGAUUGUUGUACCGCUUGGUCUUGCUUCAGUUGGUACUGCAGUGUGUUAUCCCACACAGACUGUUGGAGUCCUGAAGGUCACUGGUAAAAAGGUGUAUAAUGUCAGUUCAUAUGUUGCCUCAAUGUUUCAAUCUAAACCAAAGGCAGAGGGUGCAAUGCCUGCUGGUAACAUGGAGUCUGCUGCCCCUGUACAAAUCCCAGAUCCAGUAUCAAGUACACCCGAGUCUAAACUGGUUCCAGCUGAAGUAGUGACAUCACUAUCAGAAGUUGUCCCAGCUGCUGCUUCUCCAGUAGCUGUGCCAGAUGUUGAACUACCUUCUACUGUUGAAACUGCCCCAGAGACAAUACCUAUAGACUCUGCUCCUGAACCAACAUCUUCCACACAAAUUCUCCCGGAUGCUUAUCUCACUCCCCUAGAUGUUUUAGCCACAACCCCCUCUUCACCCACAGAAGAAAUUAAACUUCUUGUGGAAGAGCCCGUUUUUGAUGCCCCGUCCCCUGCUAACCAAACGACAGCUGAGGAGGUCCCACCCCCUGUUCUGGAGGCCACACCUCCUCCUCCCAUAGUUCUCCCCUCAUCUGAAUCUCCUGCACAAGAGGCUGAUGUUGAACCAAGCGCAGGUGAGGGCUCAGCCCCUGUUCUGGAGGCCACACCUCCUCCCAUAGUCGAAGUUCCUCCGACAUCUGAAUCUCCUGUACAAGAGGCCAAUGAUGAGCCAACCGCAGUGAAGUCACGGUUUGUUCCUGACCCUGCUCUACUCGACCAUGGCCAGUCUAAUCCAGAGGACGCAGACAUGUACAGCACACGAAGCUGAAUGAUAUAAAGCACUAAACUGCAGCACAGAUAAAGACCCAAAUAGCAACAGACUCCGGAGGGAUCUGCCGAUUUCGGAGCUGAUCCGUCCCGGAGUCUGUUGCUAUCUGGGGGCGGAGGAAAGAUUCUGUUUUAAUGUGCCAUGAUUUCAGCACUGUUUGACAGAUAUGUGAUUUAAGAUAUUCAUGUUUUAUCAAUAAUCCAGGGAUAAAAGCAGGUGAUUUGUUGCAGUCUUUAAUGUCUCACUUUUACCUCAGAUGCGGAGAUCACAUACAGAGCCAGAUUCAUGUAAAGUCACCUCUUGAACCUCUUUCUCAGAAAGAUGGUAGUUCCCAGGGUUCAUUUAAGGUUGUGGUUCCUAUUCUGACCUAUUUCCUAUCGUAACAACACUGGUACUGAUUUUUACUGUGAAAAAAAUUGCAAUGAAAACUGGACCACAACAAAAAAAUAUUUUUGUAUGAACACAAACAUUAAGUAUACAUGUGUAUUGUCUGAAUUACUGCCAUUAGGAGUAAAUGUAUCAAGCUGUAUCUAUACAAAGCUUUAUUCAGGCUGCGUAUUUAUAUUUUUAAGGUAUCAAUUGAGUUCAUACUGCGCAUCUUUAGUCCCAAAAGACAGACACAGGGCUCAUGGUAGCCGCUUCUCAAAUAUGCUUGAACUAUCCAGCAGUUUGGAUGCAUUUCAGGUUGCAGUAUUUCACAUUGCACCAACUGCGAACAGUGAAUUUGUUAAAUUAUUAAAAUAUUUCAGUUGUUGUAGUCUCUUCAUGUCUUUAUGGCCUACACCACUGCUUUAUGCAAUGCCAGAUGAUAAUAAAGGGUUCUACACAA